ACUAGGGUACCACGCUGAUUCGGAGCAAAAUGGCGAUGGAUGUUACUUUCCUGGGAACCGGGGCUGCAUAUCCAUCUCCAAUGAGAGGAGCCUCGGCUACGGUGGUCCGUUUUGAAGGAGAAAGCUGGUUGUUCGACUGUGGCGAGGGGACGCAAACCCAGUUCAUGAAAAGUCAUCUGAAAGCAGGUAGGAUUGCCAAGAUCUUUAUAACACACCUCCACGGGGAUCACAUCUUUGGCCUCCCUGGGCUUCUUUGUACGAUCAGCCUCCAGAGUAGCCCUGCCGCAAACAAGCUGCCGGUUGAGAUUUAUGGACCUCUCGGGCUGAGGAGCUUCCUCUGCAGAACUUUGGAGCUUUCCCACUCACAGCUCACCUUCCCUUGGGUCGUUCACGAACUGGUGCCUACGCCAGACCAGUGCUCUGCAGAGGAAUGGAAGGAGCUGUCUCUUGUGGGCGGAGACAAGGUCUCGUCUGAAGAGGCACCAGGAAAAACCCUUCGCCUGGACCCGGUAGAAGACUCGUACACCUUGGUGGACAACUCUCUGUUUGUGGUGAAGGCGUUUAGGCUGUUUCACCGCAUACCUUCCUUCGGAUUUGCCAUGGAAGAGAAGCCACGGCCUGGCAAGCUCAACACCCAGAAGCUGAAGGAACUAGGAGUUCCACCAGGCCCUAUAUAUGGCAGACUGAAAGACGGGGCUACAGUUGUCCUGGAAAACGGUACAACCAUCUUUCCUUCAGAUGUCAUGGAAGACCCACUUCCUGGGAGAAAAGUUUGCAUUUUAGGAGACUGCUCUGGCACUGUAGGAGACGGAGCAGCAACCCUUUGUUAUGGAGCCGAUCUCUUGGUUCACGAAGCCACACUGGACGAUGCCCAAGCAGACAAAGCGAAGGAGCACGGUCACAGCACCCCACAGGUGGCGGCGGAGUUUGCAAAGUUGUGCAAAGUGAAGAAACUGGUUCUGUCUCACUUCAGUCAGAGAUACAAGCCCGCCGGUCAGACUGGUGAAGGAGAUGUGGAUGUCAUGGAGCUGAAGAGGCAAGCCGAGCGGGUGUUGGAUGGCCAAGAAGUGGUGUUAGCCGAGGAUUUUAUGACCAUUGAUAUUCCAAUGAGAAAAGUAACAAUAGCACCACCAAAUUAAUUUGCUGAUAGGCUGAACCUAUAGCUAUAGUUUGCUUCCAAAUUAGUUUCUUAAUGCCCAGUUGGAGGGGGGUUACGGACCUGAUCCAUUGGACUUACUUAUGGGCACUUUUCCUACUUGAAAGACAUCAUCCUUGCUUUCCUUUUGACAAAUAUAUUAAUUAAAUCAUCAAAAGACUGGG